CAGCUAUGGCAGAACUCACUGAGAAGAACAGACAAGUCUUUGACAAGAAGGCUGGCUCUUACAUGAACGACUUUUCUGGUGUUAUCCAGUCCAUCUGCAACCAGGUCGAGAACCGCCGGUUUUGGAUCAGUGACAAAUGGACGGAUACUGAGGCCGGAAAGGGACAAGCGCUUCGGAUGCUCGAAUAUGCUUGUGGUCCAGGUGCCAUAUCUGCGACACUGGCUCCAUUUGUGACAAAGGUCCUUGGAUUAGACGUCUCGGAUAACAUGGUUGCGGAAUUCAACAAGAACGCUGAGGCGGCUGGUCUUUCAGACAAAAUGAGUGCGCAGAGAGGCGACCUCCUGGCGGACAGCGCGUCAACUGAACUGUCCGGUCCGGAAUUCUUCAACUUCGAUGCUGUGGUUGUCAGCAUGGCCCUUCACCACUUUGAUGACGCCGGCAAAGCCCUGAAAAGCCUCGCAGAACGAUUGCAGUCGGGUGGCAUUUGCGUGAUCGUUGAUAUCAUCCCGGACCAUUCACACGAUUUCCGUCAACAAAUCCGUGAGCAUGUCAACAGCGAGACUGCUGAAACGGUCAAGUCACACGGGUUUACCCUGGAGCAAAUGAGGGACUUGUUUGCGGGUGCAGGCUUGACAAAUUUCGGCUACCAUGUCUUUGAGGAGCCGGCAGUAUUCCGCAAAAAUGGGAAGGAGAUCUCGAAGACUCUCUUUUUGGCCAAGGCACAGCGCUCAUAGACCUGUUGGCUUGACGGAUAGGACUUUUUCUCUCUCUAUGAAUGAACGAUGGCGUUAUCGAGUGCCUCUAAUAGAUUUUCAAUUGAUUGCACUCGAUGGUAUUGCAUCCUAGAUAAUUGAAUCCAGUCUUAAAAGGCUCUGUAGUAUGUAACAGGCCAUCUUAUUGGUCGAAACUUAACGGCCAAU